AUGCGUGGAAAUUUCACAUUAGGGUUCUUUGGUGAAAACUACAGUUACUUGGGAAUUUGGUACACAAGCGAUGUUCAAUCCACAAAAGUAUGGGUAGCUAAUCCAAAUGCACCGAUCAUAUCCACCCCAGGCACUCAUACCCUAUCCAUCAGUGCCAAAACCGGAGACUUGGUCAUCAGUGCAGGAUCCAAAACUCUAAUGAGAAUCACCGAUGUUAAACUGGGUCCAAACGCAAAUGUGACUGCAACCCUCGAAGAUAAUGGUAAUUUCCGGCUGAUUAACCAAGUUGACAAAAGAGUUUUGUGGCAGAGUUUUGAUCACCCAACCAAUGUACUUUUACCUGGCAUGAAGCUUGGGUAUGACAUGGAAAUGGGGCAGAAUUGGACCUUGACUUCUUGGUUGAGCAAUGAAAUCCCAAAAUCAGGAGCUUUUACUUUGAGUUGGGAACCCACUCAAAAAGCAUCCCAGAGAUUAAUGAUCCGACGACGAGGACAACCCUACUGGACUAGUGGAAAUCUAAACAACCAAAUAUUUCAAUAUAUGUUUGCAUUGAAUGGCCCAGGUAGUCAAUCCAUGUAUAAUCUCACUUCUGUAUACAACAAUAAAGCAAGAUACUUUAGCUAUGAUGGUAAUACUGCUGCUUUACCCAUGUGGAUUUUGACACCAAAAGGACAAAUUAGAGAUAUUAAUAAUGCUGCUGCUUGGAGCCCUGAGUUUUGUUAUGGAUACGAUACUGUGUUAAAGAUCAUCACUAGCCCAAUAGAACAAAUAUUAUCUAGAAGACUUUAG